AUGGCCAAGCACCUCUGCCGCAUGAAAGGUCUCAAGCAGCUGACGUGGAUGUGCAUCCCCUUCAAGGGCGACCACUAUCAACCGCGCGCUUGUCACGUUCGACAUAUUUCCGAGCCGUACAAUCUAGUCAGUGGAAUCUAUUGUCUGUACUAA